CGAUUGGUUAUUAAAAUUAUUUUGCCUAAAAUAGUAGGAUUGUAAUCAUUAUAUUCAAACACACAUAAAUGCAAUGCAUGAUAUGGCCAAACAGUUUAGUUAUCUAGUUGUUCAUUAAUAGCUACUAACAACUGCGAACUGUCAUUAUUACAAAUAUACUGAUCUAGAGAAGUUCAAUAAUUAUUACUUUCACAUUACAUAAUUCAAAGGAAUAUCAUAACGGAUAGUGAAAUUUAUUAUUGACCUAACAAGUGUCUGAUAUUAAAUCAAACAGGUGCAAAAUAUAUGUUUUGCUUUUGCAACCUGUUCGACGGAAUAGAAAGUACACUAUGAUUACACCCUAUCUAUAACCUCCAUGGCCCUAAAUACUAUUCACUAACCCUGGGAAUCUAUAAGAAUACUAAUAUCAAAGAAUCUUUUGACAAACACAUAGACACGUUCAUUUAGUAAUUGACCAUGUAUAUUCUAUGAUAUUCAAUUUGGGGCGAAAAGUAAAAACAGACUGUUCAAUCAAUAAAACACAAUUUUUUAAAUCAAAAAACGCUUGAAUUCUAUCAGAAGAAUCUACAUUCUCAUAUUAUGGAUAAUCGUAGCAGAAAGAAAAAUAAAUCAAUCUCUUGUUUAGAUGAACAAACCGACACUAUCACUUCUAUUAAUUUCAAUAAACAAAAUAAUAUUAACACUAAUAGUAAUAAUACCGAUAACAUUACCAGUAAUAAUAGUAACAAUAAACACUUUACGACAUCAUCACCUUCAACUUCAUCAUCACCAAAAAUGAAAACAUCAAGAACAACGAUAACAGCGAUUAAAACACCAACGAUGAAUAGUCCUUCUCGGAAGAUUAUGAAUACAUCAUCUCACUCACCAUCAUCACUAUCCUCUGAUCAAUCAACAAUGGUAACAGUUAAAACAAGUCAAAAUAUUGAUAGUGAAAAUCAAAAUGGUCAACAACAAUCAUCGUCAUCAGCAUUAACACAGAAUACAAACAACACAACUAAAGUGGAUACUAAUAAUAUUCAUAGUUUUUCAUCAACCGAUUCUGGUCGUAGUAGUAUAAGUAGUAGUCAGACAAGUAAUGGUGAGGAAGUCUCCGAGAACAGAUUUGAUAAAACUAAAGUUAAUGCAUUGACAGUAACAAAAACUGAUGUAAGAUCAGAUAGUCAUAAAUCAGAUGGUAGUAGUAAGAUUAGUAGUAAUAAUAAUAGUAACAAUGAUAACUCUAAUGAUGGUUUACCGUCUGUUUCAAGUGAACUGGAUAUCUAUUCUGAUGUGACACUUAUUCCAAGGUCAACUGUAACAGUUGAUUUCACUAUAAAACCAGGAAAAAAAUCUACGAAACGUGUUAAUGGACGUAAACCAGUCAAAGGGAUUAAAACAACUACACGACACAAUGUUGGUAGAACAAAACAAAAUGAACUGAAGCUACAUGAUGAAUUACUUUCUGAAUGUGAGUUAGGAACUUCAUCGUCAAGUUCAUAUACAAUAUCAGCAUCCAAGGUCAACCGUCAACAUAAACUCGAGAAAAUAUAUCCACAAACUUUUAAAUCAAAAUCCGUAAAUAAUCAGUUAUCAUUUCAAGACUGUUCAAUUAAUGCCGAUAAUAUUAAAAAUAAUAUUGAGUCUGGCCAAGAAAGUCAACAAUCCACUACUCCAGACUUAUCAUCUAUUCCAUCCCUUAGUUCACCUUCACCAUCAUCAACAUCACCGUGUUCAAUGAGCCGAACUAAUCACACCACAGACAAAACAGCUAAAGAAAACCCCAGUCUACCAGCUGAAAUUCAAAUAAGAACUCCAUAUAAUGUUACCCAAAGAAGAAAAGAACUAUUCACUCAAAUAUCCAAUAAUAUUUCUGAUCAUGAAGGAGAUUGUUGUGAAUUACGUAGUAAUACUUCAGAUAUAGAAACUACCACUUUCAAUAAUCUUUCGAUCAGUAUCAGCACAUCAAAUGACAUGAAUGAAUUGAAUCGAGAAACGAAAAGUGAAAUUUCUUCACCACUUGGCUUUGUUAAAACAACAGAAAUAACAAGAUCUAAUUCGAUUCCAGAUAUUUUUGAUAGUUCCACACCAACCAUAUCAAAAUCUAUCACGACCUCAAGUGUAUUAGUUAGUACGAAUUCAUCAUUAAGAGCUGGCGCAUCAAAUACAACUAACUUCUACACUAGAUCAAAAUCUAAUUAUGCAUCAAAGGAUACAGAUCAUUUUAUUAAUCAUAGCUUUGCUACGAAUAGACGAAAAUCUCGUUACAACUCAAACAACAAUAAUAACAUAGACUAUUCUAACCUUAAUUUAAAAUCACUUUUAAGUAAUAAAUACAUGAAAAGUUUUUUAAUGCAACCUUUUUUAAUUCCGGAUUACAUGAAUACUUCUGCAUAUACAACAAUCAACGGUUAUGAACUGGCUAAUCUGAGAAAAUCAUUUUUCAACAAUGACGGAAGUAAACAAAAUUUUCAAACAGCUGCAGCGGCCGCUGCUGCUGCAGCUCUUCUGCCAGAACCAGGUUUAUUCAUUAAUUCACCAUGUUAUUAUUGGUUACCAUCAUUAGGAUUUAAUAACUAUACUAAAAAUACUACUACAACAUAUACUACAGAUUGUAUAAAGCUGUAUAACGAUAAAGUUACUAACAGUAAUGGAAAUAAUAGUAUGAAUUAUGUAAAUGGAGGUAAUCGAUAUAUGCUACAGCAAUUUCCUAAUCAAACGAAUCAUGGAACGGAUGAACCAAAGUCUUAUGAAACACCCAAAGUAUCGGUUUCAAAUGAUGAAAUUAAUCAUUCGAAACGUGAUUCUAAACUGUCCAAUAGUCAAAUUCAUACUAACAAUGUAAACAAAAUCAUAUCCAAUCCUAUAUCUCGUUCAAUGACAAAAUUGAAUUCUUUAGCACCAGAGGAUGCGAUAAAUAGUGAUAAUUUUGAAAAUCGUCCAAGUUCAGCUAAAGAUUUAACUACUAACGAUGUACAGUCUAAAUUCGUAAAUGGUUCUACUAUGUCCAUUUACAAAGGAAGUAAUAGUUGUAAUAAUAAUAGUAAAACUAAUAGAAUUCAGUCAACCACAGGCUAUUUGAAUUCAGAUAGUAAUUCGGAUAAAUUAGGUUCGAUUAAGUAUGCAUCAACAGAAUCAAAUUCAGAAGUGAUGCUUAUGAAUAUAACCAAUUCAUCGGGACAACCAAUUUCAAUAAUUACUAAUCCAAUACAAAUUGAUACAUCGCAAGUGUCUAACGAAGAUAUUAUGAAUACUGGUCGAAGUGGAACAGUCUCAUCAGCAGUAAAAAUAGAAACAGUGUCGACAGCAACAACAGCAACAACGACAACUACCACAGGACUAACAACUAACUACAUUCCAAAUCCAGACUCAUAUUUAACUGCUCCUACUACAUUCUUUUAUUUCUAUAACAAUGAAGGGCAGUUAUUUGCACUUCCAAGUAAUGCAUUAAUUUUUCCUACUACUGUUGGUCGCCUUGGCACAACAACUGUAUCAAAUGAGACAGCAUAUAGUAGUCCAUCAACAUUUAUUACUCCACAAGUGAAUGGAAAUAACGGUAGUACCAAUUGUUGUAAUAAUUCUUCCACCAUUCGUACUACAAGUUGUGUUUCUAGUUAUGAAGUUCCAGAGCAAUUGUAUUCAGGUCCAAAUUAUAGUACUAUUCUUAAAAAUACUGACAAUAAUCAAUGUCGUGAUCUUAUAUCGAGUUAUUCAGUGCCUAUACAACCUUCAUUUCUUAAUGGAUUUCAUCAAUGGGUACCUGGUCAAAUUACCUUAGAUAAUCAAACAGGAAUUCAACAACUUCAAAACUCUUCCACUAAUUCUUUAGUGAUGCCGUCGAAUCAAGGUGUAAUUUUACAUCCAUCAUGUCCAUUUCCUUUACCUUCAGUUGGAUUAAUUCAACCAUUAAUAUCAAAUAUUUAUUCUAAUCAAAAUUUCAAUUCUACAUCUAGUUCAGAUGAUAAUAGUAAUCGUAAUAAUUCAUCUAAACAAAAGAAUAAUCAAUCUAAUAUUUGUUCACUUAUGAAUCGCUCUACAGAUCAAUUUAAAUUACGUCGUUUUACCAAUGAUCUACCAAGUUUAUUAGGUAAUGCUAAAUCAACACGUUCAGGUAUGACUUCUGGAAAAUUAAUUAAUUCCAGUAAUAAUCAGUCAAAAUAUUCUGGUAAAGGUUUAAUGUCCACAUUUUUAGAUGAUUAUAACAAUACAUUAAAUAAUCAGACAGUUGCUAAUCGUCAGAAAAAACAUGCAUCUAAAACAAACCUUUAUAUUCGUGGAUUACCAACCUCAUUUACAGAAGAAGAAUUGCAUACUUUAGCACCAGAUAGAAAAUUGAUACGAUCAGUGAAGUUAAUUGCUGGAGCUGAAGGCGAAAUGUACGGAUUUAUUGACUUUGUGAAUAAUGAAGCGGCUAAAUCUGCUUUGUUGCAUAUUAAAUCAGGAAAUCGUGAAUUAUAUGUAAAUUUUGCUUAUGAAUCUGAAAAAGAUCCACAAAAUGUUUAUAUUACCAAUAUUCCUGAAUCGUGGACAGCAUCUAAUGUUGAAGAUUUGAAACAAAUCUUUCAACCUUAUGGACCUAUAGCAACUGCUAUUGUAAUGACAAAGAGAUCGAAUAAUUUCUGUACAGGUGCCGGAUUUGUACGUUUUGUUCGGUCUGAAGAUGCUCAAAGAGCAAUCGAUGGAAUUCGUAAUGCACAAAUCACAUUAGAAAAUGGUAAAGGGCCAUUAGAAGUUAAACUGGCCGAUAGACAAAAACCAUCAGACGAUCAACCAAGUACUACAAAAGUAAGAUCAUCGAAACGUAAUAGUGAACCACCAGAAUCAUUGACAUCAACGUCGUUAAUGAAUGGAAAUGAAGAGACUACACGACAUUCACGUACAAGAAAACAAUCUGACUGUUUAUUACCUAAUGAUAAUCAACUAUCUAAUCAUAAUGUCAUUAACUCAAAUCAAUUACGAUCAAAUCCUGGUGUUUUGGGACCAGCUACUGAUCUAACCUCAUGGGAUGUAACAAAUCGUUUAAAUAAUUCCGAUUCAUUAAUGUUAGCAUUACGUGCGGCUUGGGCAUCGAAUUCUUUACAGAAUUCCAACUUUUUGUUACGUAAUUCUAUUGGACAAAAUAAUUUAACACCUACUAAUGAAAAUAAUCGAGGUUUAUUACCAAUUCCUAAUCAAACUAUACAGUUGACUAAUUUUAUGUCACAACAAAAAUUACCUAAUGGAAUUUUACAUAGUCAAAAUCCUGUUCAACAUAAUUUAGUAACUGGACCAACUGCUGUAGCCGCAGCAGCAGCAGCACAAGCUGUUACUGCCUUAUUGCCUUUCUCUAGACCAAUUGACAAUUAUUCAUUAUCACAAGCACUUAUGCAUACACCUGUUGCACCUUCAAUGAUUGGUCCAAUGAUCCAGCCUGCUUCCAACUGGACUACAAGUCCAUUAAUAUCAAACAUUUACCAGUCAAUAUAAAUAUUUGUGAAAAUGUAUGGAAAAGCAAUGUGAAAUCAAAAGAAGCAUAACACGUUAUCGUUGCUAUUGUCGUUUUCAUAUGAAACAAAACUUUUUUUUAACAGUUCACAGAGUUACAAUAAGCAAAUAUUUCUUUCGUCAGAAAAAAACCAGAAUAACAAAGUUCAAAAAAACACAUUUCGACACAUUGUGUCACAGAUACAAUGAAUAUAAUUUGAUCACAUUGGUCAAAGAAUAAAUGUGGUUGGUUGUGUAUGUUUGUUUUUGUUUAUGCGUGAUCUUGAUUACCGUAUGCUAGUAUGUUUCAUGGUAUAUAUAUAUAUAUAUAUAUAUCAUGCUUGAGUUAGUUAACAGACUAAAUAAACAAUAUAAAACUGAUACAUUUUACGACGAAAUAAUAUCCUUUAUGUUGGGUUCAUUUUUUUUAUUUUAUGAAUAUUUUUUGUCAGUGAUAUCCCUUCUUUUUCUUACUAGUGUUCAGUUUUUGUUUUCCAUACAAAUAUUUUACAUUAGCAUUCAAUAUCUAUUCAUUCACCCUAAUGUUUAUUUGGGUGUUAUUUUCCAAUUCCCAUUCUCCCCACCCUACAUAUAAUUGUACUCAUAUAAACAUGAUUACAGAAAACUUAUUUUAGUAAUGAAUUAACAAUUGUUGUGAAAAACUGUUGACAAAAAAUUUUUUUAGAAGACAGUUUACAUAUACGUACAUGGGUAGUGAUAUAUACAUAUAUAUUUUAGAGAAUAUGUAAUUCCUUGAAACCAAGGAAACAAUCAAGUUCUAUCAUUUUGUUUUCUUUGACAUAUUGUUUAGUUGACUUACUUUUCAAUCAACUUUUUUUUAACUUGGAAGAUAUAUUUUGAAAAUAAUCAGUUUAAUGAAAUGGAAGAAAUGACAAUGUUACUUGAACACCUUUUUUAAUGUUUUUUUUUCAAGAUGUUUAUCUCUGGAUCAAUCAAAAAUACACAUUCUUAAUAGAUUAGUGUGUGUGUGUGCGUGUGCAUUGGUUGAGUUUGAAUAUAUAGAGAUGUACACAUUAUUUGUGUGUAUAUGUAUUUGUGUGAUUUAAUUAACUUUAAUCAAAAUGAUUAGAACAUACGAUAUAAGUUUAACCAAGAGUCUUAUGAUGGUUCAUCGUUCAUGAUUCAAUGUGCAAUAUUUGGAUUGUUCAAACUGAUUACAAAAAAAGAAACAAUCUAGGCCAAAAAACAACCUAAUAAAAUCCUUAUUUUAUGCUUCAUUAAUUUCAUUUAUUAUUUUGUUGUUGUUUCCGUUCAUUUUCUUUCUCUUUUUUUUUCUUUUUAAUUUUAACUUUUAUUUCAAGUGAAAAAAAUGUGUUUGUUUGGUUGAGUUUCCUUUUUUUUCUAAAAAAACAAGUUUGUGCUUUCAAAAAAAAGAGAAUGACAAUUAAUUGUAAGAAAAAAUAAACAAGCAAUCGAUAUUUUUUUCUUUCUUAGAAUUCUGUGAAGUAUUGUUCUCUGUCAUAUAUUUUGAGUGAUACAUCAUGUUCUUUUGUUUGUUUAAAAGUUUAUGAUUAAAUAAUAGUAUUUUAGUAGCAAGAUUUGCAAAAAGUUAUAAUCAGUAGUAUUGUUAUGUGAAAUUAUAAUUAGUAGAUAUAACAAUUAAUCAUAUAUUGUAAUAUGCUCCACUUAUUUUUGUUUCUAAGUGCAAAAAGAUCAUAGCACAAAUUAGUUUUAAUGAUAAUUCACAUCAUUUUCCUUCUCUUUCACAUUGUUGCUUAGAUGUACUUUUGAAUAUGAGUGUAUAUGUGUGUGUGUGUUAGCUUACUGAUAGCAUGUAUGUGAAUGCAUUUAUAGUAAUAAUAUACGUAUGCUUUUUACAGCGCAUUCGAAACAUUCACCUGAAAUGUUGACUUUUUAAAUAAUAUGUUGUGUAUGUGUGCAAACGAGUAAUUUGAUGACUUGAACAGUUUGUGACAAAACAAAUCAAUAGCCACUGUGACAAAUGAAAAGUAAACCAUGGAGACAUUUAUCAUUUGAGUAUUUUUCUUUCUCUCCUUCAAAUAUUAACUAAAUUUUAAUAAAUAUUAAAAAAAGUAUAUUUGUAAUUUUGUGUUUUUGUGAAAAUAUAUGAUUUUGAAUGCCAAAUCUAAUUGGUGUAUA